AUCUUAAUAAUAUAAGUAGUGUGUAUUGAUUAAUUAAUAUGAGGUGGUAUGAAUGUGUGAUGUAUUAUCAGAUAAUUGCAGAGGUGAUAGGAACGUACUUCGUUGUAUUAUUGGGGUGUGGAUCAGUGGUGGUGAACAAGAUUCACGGCUCUGUAACGUUCCCAGGGAUUUGUGUGGUUUGGGGAUUGAUUGUGAUGGUCAUGGUUUAUUCCGUCGGCCAUAUCUCCGGCGCUCACUUCAAUCCGUCUGUCACCAUUACUUUCGCCAUUUUCCGCCGUUUCCCUCUCACUGAGUUGCCUCUGUACAUAAUCGCACAGAUAAUAGCGGCAAUUCUAGCGAGUGGAACGUUGUACCUUCUAUUCGACGUAACUGAGGAUGCUUACUUUGGAACACUUCCAGUUGGAUCGAAUGUCCAAGCUCUUGUUUUUGAGAUUCUCAUCUCCUUUCUCUUGAUGUUCGUUAUAUCUGGCGUUGCCACAGAUAAUAGAGCUAUUGGAGAAUUAGCAGGAAUUGCUGUGGGGAUGACAAUACUUCUAAAUGUCUUCGUUGCCGGGCCAGUAACGGGGGCAUCGAUGAAUCCAGCAAGGAGUAUUGGGCCAGCUGUUAUAAUGAAAACUUACAAUGGAUUAUGGAUUUACAUAAUAGGCCCAACUAUUGGAACCAUACUUGGUGGGUUCGCCUAUAAUUUGAUCAGAUUCACGGAUAAACCACUCAGAGAGGUUACCCGAAGCUCCUCGUUUCUUCGAAGCAUGUCCAGAAAUAUAACUCACUAAUCUUCUUUAUUUUAAUUUUAUAGCAAAAAUCCCUAUUGACCUCCCUUGUUUAUACACCCCGGCCGGUACAUACUAAGGAGGACCCCAAUCACUAGUCUUCUUCAAACUUAAUCUUACUUUAUGCCUAGAAUUCUUUUUUGGGAAAGUAGUUUCAAUUUGUGUUAAUGGAGAUUUAUGUAUUUAUUUUACUACAAUAUAUAUGAACUUUUUGUUGGGUUA